GAAAAUUCUUGCACUUGAGGAACUUGCAGGUCUUAGGUCUUAGGUCGCACAUGAUGCUAUUACUUGACGAAUCUCAAAGAUGUAUGUCGCUGCAUCAUUUUGAGCCCAAGUCAGGGGGCUUCUAUAUAGAUUUGAUUCCUUCCAGGCUCAUUUUCCCUGCCGGGUCUGUGUAUGUCAGCGCGGCCACGAUCCAGCUCUGCGAAGCAGACCUUACGAUCCAGCCGCGGCUUUAACGACCGAUCGAACAGAGCGCCGCCACGCCGAGUGGGUCGAGCAGAAACUCGAGAUCUCGCCGAGCCAAGAUCAGAGGCGCCGGCGCCAGCGGCUGCGCAGGCAGAAGUUCAACAUGCACAAACUGAACCUCCGUGUCAUCGUGAGAUUUGCUCCAUAUGCUUGGAGGGGCUAGAUGAUCAUAGCUUUAGCUAUCCUUGUGGACAAGGGCAUCGUUUACACUAUGGAUGUAUGCUACACUUCUUGGCGAAUGUUUUGUCUUUGCCUCUGGCAGAUGGUAGCCCUGGUCCGUUGCUCAAAGAGAAGGCUCGAGACUUGGGCAGUGGCUUUAAAGCCAUUGCGGUUUUGGAAGGAGCCCUUCAUCAGAUGACACCCGAAACUCAAGGCCGCCUUGCUUGUCCACUUUGCCGAUGCCCGUGGCCAGACGAGCAUCAGCUCUCCCUGGCAGAGGUUGUCUCGCAACUGCGCAAUUGUCGACUACGUACGGUGGUGAAGCAUUUUGGAAAAUUGACCCAUGCCUUGCAGGAGGUACAACAGCGGUUUGAUGAGAGGGCAGAGGUUGCGGUGUAUCGCAUGGGCUCUGGGUGGCGUCGGAUGGAAAGUCAUCUUCAUACAUGCUCAAGUUUCUUGAGCGCAAGCGUCACUGGGUGCCCGGAAGUGGAGAUGAUUCUGGCAUUUCUGGAUGCCCGACAUGUCACCAGCCUGUCGGCAUCUUUUGCCUCCGCGUAUCGGCACUGCUGGGCCGAUGCCAAGUUGAGGGCGCCCAACCUGAAAGUCGCCUCCGUGCGCUCGGCCACUCAUCGCAUUCUUCCAUCCGCUGCAAAGACGUUGCUGGUGGAUCCAAAUCUGGGCUCACCCGUGUCCAGAGGCAUUUCAGGUUUGGACGUGAUUGCAUUCUCGAAGUGGCUCCAGAAAGCUCGAAGCAUGAAGGAGAUCACGAUGACAGGUGCCGAUUGGGAACGGCUCGAUCCAGGCAUCAAGUAUUUGACCUCCAACCUACCGAUGCAACAGCUGCGUCUGCUGGAUCUCUCUCACAACGGCCUCACCGAUGUGAGUGCUGAGAACUUGGCCAAGGCCCUCAGCAGUCGCAGCGUCAAGUUGGAAGUCUUGACAUUGGAGCUGAACUUCAUUUCAGAGCAGGGCUUCAAGGCGCUUCUCCGGUUGGGAGCUGGACGAGUCCAUAGUUGGGGGUUUCGACAUAACCAGCUGGGAGACGAGUCUUGCAAAGUCCUGGCCAAAACAUUCGAUCCGGAGAUCACCACCCUGAACAAACGUCGCCUGGAGACCUGGGACUUGCGGACCAAUCAAAUCAGUGGAGAAGGCUGCAAGUGGUUGGCAUCCAUGAUUGGACACAUGGUGGUAGCGCGCUUGGGCUGCAAUCCACUUGGCGAUCAUGGUGGAGAACAGUUGGCGAAUGGCUUGGGCCCCCAGCUCCGAGUCUUAGAUCUGCGACAAGCGCAGCUGGGUGAAGCGGCGAGCUUGGCUUUAGGCCGAAGGCUCCGGGAGGCGCGCCAUCUCGAGGAGUUGCUGCUAUCAGGAAACGAGAUAGGACCUGCCGGUGUGCAAGCACUGGCAGAAGGUUGGGCUUGGAUCUCCUCGCUUCGGCUGGUGGAUUUGUCGGGCAAUCCACGGAUCGGAAGCGAGGGUGUGGAUCUUCUAGUGGACGAGCUACCAUUUUGGCAGCAGGCUCCCUUCCGCCUGGCGCUGGCCAGCAUCGAUUGUCCGGAGAAGAGCGCUAAGAAGUUGGCGAAUGCCUUGCGAAAGAAUCCACGACACAAUCGUGAGUGGACCAUUGAGUUGCAGAAUAACCCUCUUCCAAUGGCAUCGAUUCUGGAGAUUCAUCGACUCCUUGAGCCUCGAGAAGCGGCGAGUUGGUCACCGACCGGCUUUGGGCAUUGACUCGUUGGCAACAGCUACUGAUGGCUACUGGUAGUGCUGAGCUGGUGAUGUGGUACUUGUGGUGCAGCGUUGAAGUUGAUUAAUCUCUGUCAGGCUGACAAUUUCUGGCUUCCAGCUGUAUACUAGGCCAGUAAACCUUGUUUUGCAGCGUAGUAUGAUCCUUAGCUUGACCCAUUUUGUCCAGAGGGCAAUUGUUUGCUUUUGCUAGGAGGUCUUUAUAUACUGUAAUUUGUGCCCUAACUUGCAACCCAGAACACGCGAGCCUGCAAGCAAGUUUUUUUGCAAGGAGAGGCAUUCAUUGCGCUAUUG